AUGGGGGAGCUUUUCCGGAGUGAGGAGAUGACUCUGGCUCAGCUUUUUCUACAGUCAGAAGCUGCUUAUUGUUGCGUCAGUGAAUUAGGAGAACUUGGAAAAGUCCAGUUUCGUGAUUUAAAUCCAGAUGUGAAUGUUUUCCAGCGGAAAUUUGUGAAUGAAGUUAGAAGAUGUGAAGAAAUGGAUCGAAAGCUUCGGUUUGUUGAGAAAGAGAUAAGGAAAGCGAACAUCCCAAUUAUGGACACUGGUGAGAACCCAGAAGUGCCCUUCCCCCGGGAUAUGAUUGACUUAGAGGCCAAUUUUGAGAAGAUUGAAAAUGAACUGAAGGAAAUCAACACAAACCAGGAAGCUCUGAAGAGAAACUUCCUGGAACUAACUGAAUUAAAAUUUAUUCUUCGCAAAACUCAGCAGUUUUUCGAUGAGGCUGAAUUGCAUCAUCAGCAGAUGGCGGAUCCAGACCUGUUGGAAGAGUCCUCCUCUCUCUUGGAGCCAAGUGAGAUGGGAAGAGGCACACCUUUAAGACUUGGCUUCGUGGCUGGUGUGAUUAACCGGGAGCGCAUCCCUACUUUUGAGCGCAUGCUGUGGCGGGUGUGCCGUGGGAAUGUGUUCCUGCGACAGGCUGAAAUCGAGAACCCCCUGGAGGAUCCUGUGACUGGUGACUACGUCCACAAGUCUGUGUUUAUCAUUUUCUUCCAAGGUGAUCAACUGAAAAACAGAGUCAAGAAAAUCUGUGAAGGGUUCCGAGCCUCCCUCUAUCCCUGUCCUGAGACGCCACAGGAGAGGAAGGAAAUGGCUUCUGGAGUUAAUACCAGGAUUGAUGAUCUCCAAAUGGUUCUGAAUCAAACAGAGGAUCAUCGCCAGAGGGUUCUGCAGGCAGCUGCUAAAAACGUCCGGGUCUGGUUCAUCAAGGUGCGGAAGAUGAAGGCCAUCUACCACACUCUGAACCUGUGCAACAUAGAUGUGACCCAGAAGUGUCUCAUUGCGGAGGUCUGGUGCCCUGUCACUGACCUGGACUCCAUCCAGUUUGCACUCAGAAGGGGCACGGAACACAGUGGUUCCACUGUACCCUCCAUUUUGAAUAGGAUGCAGACAAACCAGACUCCUCCAACCUAUAACAAAACCAACAAGUUCACAUAUGGCUUUCAGAACAUUGUAGAUGCCUAUGGAAUUGGAACCUACCGAGAGAUAAAUCCAGCUCCAUAUACCAUCAUCACUUUCCCUUUCCUGUUUGCUGUGAUGUUUGGAGACUUUGGCCAUGGCAUUUUGAUGACCCUUUUUGCCGUGUGGAUGGUGUUAAGGGAGAGCCGGAUCCUCUCCCAGAAGAACGAGAAUGAGAUAUUCAGCACUGUGUUUAGUGGCCGAUACAUUAUUCUGUUGAUGGGAGUGUUCUCCACCUACACUGGCCUCAUCUACAAUGACUGCUUUUCCAAGUCUCUCAAUAUCUUUGGGUCAUCCUGGAGCGUCCGGCCAAUGUUCACUAUAUAUAAUUGGACGGAGGAGACUCUUCGGGGGAACCCCAUUCUCCAGCUGAACCCAGCCGUCCCUGGAGUUUUUGGUGGACCAUACCCUUUUGGCAUUGAUCCAAUUUGGAACAUUGCUACCAAUAAAUUGACCUUUCUCAACUCCUUCAAGAUGAAGAUGUCUGUUAUCCUUGGUAUUUUCCAUAUGAUGUUUGGGGUCACCCUGAGCCUUUUCAACCAUGCCUAUUUCAAAAAGCCCCUGAAUAUCUACUUUGGCUUUAUUCCUGAAAUAAUCUUCAUAACCUCCUUGUUUGGCUACUUGGUUAUCCUCAUUUUUUAUAAGUGGACAGCCUAUGAUGCUCAUACCUCUGAGAAAGCACCAAGCCUCUUGAUCCAUUUCAUAAACAUGUUCAUCUUUUCCUACCCGGACUCUGGUAAUGCAAUGCUGUACUCUGGACAGAAAGGAAUUCAGUGUUUCCUGGUAGUGGUUGCACUACUGUGUGUACCUUGGAUGCUGCUGUUUAAACCACUGGUCCUUCGCCAUCAGUAUUUGCGAAGGAAGCAUUUGGGAACUCUCAACUUUGGUGGGAUCAGGGUGGGCAACGGACCGACCGAGGAGGAUGCUGAGAUUAUUCAGCAUGACCAGCUCUCCACCCACUCAGAGGACGCGGAAGAGCCUACCGAGGACGAAGUGUUUGACUUUGGGGACACCAUGGUCCACCAGGCCAUCCACACCAUCGAGUACUGCCUGGGCUGCAUCUCCAACACUGCCUCCUACCUACGGCUCUGGGCCCUCAGUCUCGCUCAUGCACAGCUGUCUGAGGUGCUUUGGACCAUGGUGAUCCACAUGGGCCUGAGCGUGAAGAGCUUGGCGGGAGGUCUGGCGCUGUUCUUCAUCUUCACCGCCUUUGCCACCCUGACUGUGGCCAUCCUCCUGAUCAUGGAGGGCCUCUCAGCCUUCCUCCACGCACUGCGCUUACACUGGGUCGAGUUCCAGAAUAAAUUCUACAGCGGGACCGGUUUCAAGUUCCUGCCCUUCUCCUUCGAGCACAUUCGGGAAGGGAAGUUUGAGGAGUGAGCCCCUCAUGGGCCGGCAUGCCCCGCGCCACCCUCCCUGCCUGCCCCUACAGUGAUUAGAUGUGCUCCUGUUGCCUGCUGGUUGUGACCCCUGGGCACCGGGGCAUUUGUGUCAUCCCUGACACCCUCCCCAUCUUUUAGUCACUUCGAACCAUUACUACCUGGAUCUCCCUGUGCCACCCCGAGGUUUCUGUGUAGUGACUUUCU